UAGCAAUGGCUGCUGACAGAACGACAAUGAAACUGUUAGCUAAGAUUAUUUUUUGUAUGUCGAGUUUAUUACAGUUGUGUUUCAUUUCGGCUGCUGCUGGAAUUGUCUGGGAUGAGAGUGGGUACGUGCUGUACUGCCCGUGCAUGGGGCGAUUUGGAAAUCAGGCGGAUCAUUUCUUGGGUUCCUUGGCGUUUGCAAAGAUGUUGAACCGGACGCUGGCUGUCCCGCCGUGGAUUAUAUACAGACACCACACGCCGCCUUUCACUAAUAUGCACGUUCCCUACAGCGAGUUCUUCCAGCUGGAGCCCCUGCUUCAGUAUCACCGGGUCAUUAGUAUGGAGGAGUUCAUGCGGACGCUGGCCCCCACUCACUGGCCCCCUGGCGAGCGAGUAGCUUACUGUUAUGAUGCAGCAGCCAAAAGGAGCCCUGACAAAAAGAGCUGCCCCAUGAAGGAGGGGAAUCCAUUUGGUCCAUUCUGGGACCAGUUUGAUGUGGACUUUGACAAGUCUGUGUUCUUUCCAGGCAUUUCCUUUUCUACUUACUACAAGCAACAGUGGACUAAAAAGUUUCCCCCUUCAGAGCACCCGGUCCUAGCUCUGCCCGGAGCCCCAGCUCAGUUCCCAGUCCUGGAGGAGAAUGUGCCCCUGCAGCGCUACAUGGUGUGGGCUGACCACAUGGUUCAGGAAGGAGAGGGCUAUAUCGACUCCCUGCUUAUCCGGCCAUACGUUGGGAUCCAUCUAAGGAUCGGCUCUGAUUGGCAAAAGGCCUGUGAGCUGUUGAAGGAUGACAAAACAGGACCUCACUUCAUGGCAUCGCCGCAGUGUGUCGGGUAUAACCGGAACACCGCAGCCCCUCUCACCAAGAACAUGUGCCUGCCAGACCUGAAAGAGAUCCAGCGAGCCCUCAAACUCUGGGUGAAGAAGAUCAACGGCAAGUCUGUCUACAUCGCAACCGACUCUGAAUCCCACAGCAAGGAGAUCGAGCAACUGUUCAAGGGAAAGGUUAAAGUCGUGAGUCUGCAGCCAGAGGUGGCCCACGUGGACCUGUAUAUCCUGGGGCAGGCUGAUCACUUCAUUGGGAACUGUGCCUCCUCCUUCACUGCCUUUGUGAAGCGAGAAAGGGACGUUCACGGCAAGCCGUCUUCCUUCUUUGGAAUGGAUUACCCUGCAAAGAAAAAGGAUGAACUUUAGAACUUUUAACCUGUGUCAGGGACGGUCAAUUAAAAGGAAGUAUUAACAGGGAAGAACAAAAUAUGUAACAUCAGUCUGAAGUAGAAUUAGUUUGUAGUUUAUAUUUUUGCAAAGAAACAAAAUGAAAAUGUACUAUUGCAGUAGAUGUCUUUUUUUUUUUUUUUUUAAAGACUAGAAAACACGUUUGCCGUCUAUAAAGAGUAACAACUGUAUUAUCUUGCAUCUGAUGGGAUUUUUCAUUUUCACAAGAACAUAAAACAGAUAGAAGUGUUCCUAGUGUAGUUCCUAGUGAAGCGAUCUGUUAGGUUUAAGCAAUAUUCUGCCAACAAGACCACUUUUCCAAUUGUAACAUCUCCUCUUUAUUGUGCAAAAUGGGAAUUGGCAGGAAGGUUGCCAGUAAGGAUUGAAAUCAGUUGAAAAAAACAGAAAUAGCCAGAAUUAAAUGACAUCCCAACCAUCACAUGCAUAGCAGUUUGUGCCAUGCCGGGUUUUACUGUGAACUUUAUCUGAUCUUAACCAUAGAGAAGAAAAACUUAGGAGGUAGGUGCAUUUUAUGUCCACUGACUUUUUCAGACUUUUUAUUCUGAAGCAGCUACAUUUUAUUCAAAGUAUUUUUUUAUAUAUCCUACAGCUGUGCUUUAAAA